AUGGCAGAAGAAGAUGUCGAUGAAUGCCCUAUUUGUGCUCAGAAAAUGAUACUUCCCACGGCUGUGCCUGGAUGUGGGCAUAAAUUCUGUUUCCUGUGUAUCAAAGAGCUAAAUAUUAUAACUAUUAAAAUGGCAGAAGAAGAUGACGAUGAAUGCCCUAUUUGUGCUCAGAAAAUGAUACUUCCCACGGCUGUGCCUGGAUGUGGGCAUAAAUUCUGUUUUCUGUGUAUCAAAGGUGCCGCAUUUCGAACACAGGAGCGGUCAUGUCCGAUGUGUCGUGGGAAUGUCAGCACUUCUAUAUUUCGAAGCCCUGCCAUGCGCAAUAUCACUAUAGAUAUGCACGACCCGGAAUCACCCACUGUAGCGGAGAAGCCAUCAAGGCCGAAAUCAGACUGCUCC